AUGGAGGGCGAUGAGGUUAUUGGUGCACCAAAGCAUCCCGAUUGGUUGCAAAUGGUGCGCAUUAAGGAAGGGGAAGUUCCCCGCGUGAUCGCCUACGUUUCGACUAGGCUCUCCCGCUAUCGUCCCGCUAUGCGUCGCGACAUCGUCGACCACCGCGACAUCCUCGUCCUCUCCCUCUUUAGUGGGGGUGAGGCUCUUAAUCUAAUGAACGUCUACUCUGACGAUCAACACACAGCCAUUGAGCACCUCGCUGCUCAUGUGCAUUCUUUACCUUUCAUUUAUAUGGCUGGUGACUUUAACUGUGUGUCGACGACUUGGGAUGACUAUGAGCAUGGCGAGUCGUCGACAGCAAUAUCACUGCAGGAUACCGCAUCUCAGAUCGGCCUCGAGUGGGCACGACCUUCUAACCAUGGACCGACGAGGAUCAGUCCUAAUCCAAACCAGAGAUCCAACGUGUUGGAUCUUGUAUUCUUAGCUCCAUCUGAGAUUCUAAUCUCGAUGCCCAGAUUGGAGCACAAUCUCCAGGGUCCGUCAGAUCAUGUCCCAAUCUGUACAGAUCUUGAUAUCGGUCCCGAACUGCCCGGAUCUGGGCGACGGACAAUUAAACCCGGAAGCGAGGCUGAGAAGUCUUUCAUUUCGGAUAUUCUCUGGGAUCUUGCGGCUAUUCCUGUCGCAGCCCCGGCAACCAAGGAAGGCGUUGAAGCUUUAGCUGAUGCUAUUGCGACCGCGUUCUCGGACGCAUGGCUUGUCCAUUCGACCAAGUCCAAACCUACCAAGCGCUCCAAGUCCUGGUGGACGGAUGAGUGCUCGGAGACAUUCGGAGUAUAUCAGCUGAGCCGUUUGCUUGCUGACUACAACAAGUUUAAGAAGGCGUGCAAAGACGCCAAGCAGGAUUUCUUUGAUGAACGCAUCGCAGAAAUCGCUACCUCUCGCAAGCGCCCAUGGGACCUAAUGGAAUGGGUCAAACAGCGCAAGCUACCACCCUGUGAGGCUAUUCGCAAUGGCGACCAGCCUUGCCACGAUAUGGACGACCUCUGGGACGCCCUACACGGCACGUACAACUCGGCCUCUGGUCAUGAGUACGAUGCCUCAGUCUUAGAUGAGCUUCCCGAUGAGCCGGUCCGACCGGACCACAUUACAUGGGUCCACCUAAAGGAGCUGCUCAAGGAUAAACACGUCCUCGCGCUCUUCAUCGUGCUGGCUAAUGCUUGCCUUCGGGUGGGUCAUUGGCCGCGUAUAUUCAAGGAGUCGCUAUCGGUUAUCGUUCCGAAGCCGAACAAGCCCUCCUAUUUCGUGCCAAAGGCCUUCAGGCCGAUCGUACUCCUCAUCACUUUCGGUAAACUCAUCGAAAAGAUGAUCGCUAGUAGGAUACAGUUUGACGCUGUCAAGCAUGAUAUCUUCCAUCCUAACCAACUUGGCGGCAUCCGCCAGAGGUCAACUGAGGAUGCUGGAUUGAUUCUGACUCAUCUCAUGCGAGCGGGGUGGGUUAAGGGUCUCCAGACUAGUGCGCUGGCUUUUGACAUCGCGCAGUUUUUCCCUUCUAUCAACCAUGAGAUGUUCAUGGCCGUACUUCGCAAGCAAGGGUUCUCGCCGGUUCUGGUGGAGUUCUUUGCCUCUUAUCUCGUUGGUCGUUCCACAGUUUAUUGUUGGAACACCUUCCAAUCCGACUCGCGGUCUGCGGACGUGGGUGUUGGGCAGGGCUCUGCUCUCUCGCCUGUUAUCUCUGGGCUGUUCAUUGCUCCGGUAAUGAAGCUCUUCUAUAUCAAAGCGGCGCCGCUUAACAUGAUGUUUCACUUUUCGCGUCGACGAGACGCCUAUAAUCCUUCGCUGGAUUUGGGGUACACCCCACAUACAGGCGCUACACCUUUGAAGCCCAAGACCUUUUGGAGGUAUCUGGGCUUCUACUUUGACCACGGGCUCACAUUUCAUGAGCACGUUCGCUACUAUGCCACCAAGGCAUUUACCACCGUGCAGGCCAUGCGCAUGCUCGGGAACUCUACUAGAGGUCUCUCGCCUAAACAGCGCCGCCUCUUAUAUUGGUCGUGUGUGGUUCCCAUUGCCACAUACGGCUAUCGUCUCUGGUAUUUCGAUGGCGCCCGUGCUUUCCACACCUCCCCCACGGGCGGUCUUGAGGCUCUAGUGGGCCUCAUUCCUGUCCACCUUAUGCUGAAGAAGCUGGCAACACACGCAGUGUAUCGUGUAGCCACCCUCUCGGACACCCACCCUCUUCGCUCUAUGAUGGGCGAGGGACUCCUCAAGCGAGCCGCACCACAUGCUCGCUCCGCCGCCUUGAUGACCCCAGCCAUGCGAGGGAAAGUCAAGAGCACUGUCAUGGAAGUGGACGAGCGUGUCCACACCUUAACUGAGAGCUUCGAGCCCUUUGCGCCCGAAGCUCGCCCCGGUGAUCGGUUACUGGACCGCUAUGCGGACUGUCUCCAUUUUGACGAGCGCGACCCUGGCCAGGAUAGGCGCCCAUAUCUAGACGAGCUCAUCGCGAGAGCGAGGGCCGACCCACUAACAGUGCUGGCUGCGACCGACGGCUCCGUCCCUCAGUCCAACCAGUAUCAGGCGGCUUCAGCUGCCAUCAUCUACAAGGGACAUCGCGAGCUCGAGAGGACUUGCUAUGUCUCUGGCAGAGUUACCGCCCCUGAUGCGGAACUCAAUGCCAUCUCGUGUGCAGUGCGCCUUGCUGUCAAGCAGGCAAACUGCCAACAUAUCAUGGUCUUUACUGACUCUAUGGGCUCGGCCCAUAGAGCGGUUGACCCCGGCGUGCACUCUGGUCAGGCUUUUAGCCUGUCAGUCUGUCGCGCUCUUGAAGAGUGGUUUGAGGAGGAUGAUCUCCACCGCAUUACCUUUGUCUACGUCCCAUCCGCUUUGCGGUGGGAUAUCCAUGGUGAAGCACACAACGGUGCUCGAUGGCAGCCCGCUCGCUAUCUACAAACACGUACACUACGCGGCCUGGGUACUAAGUAA